AGCCUCGUUUGUUUAUUACGAAACGCGUGGAAGGAAUGCUCCAUGACUACCUCUGACACGUCAUAACGAAUAAACAACAAUCAAAUGUUACAUACGCGUAGCCUAUACAUAGGGAGAUUGCUAUCAAUCUAUUCUGCAACGUGAGAUCAUGUUUUUCCCCCAGACAGAUAAGACCAGGAAGUAGGUGCAGAGGGAGUUCACUCAAGUUUCUUUUCAAAAUGAUGUCUACGAGAUCACAGCCUGACAGCGUUUUUAAACACGGUGGAAUUUAGGUGUGAGUAUGAUGGCAGCUCCCCGACAGACGUCAUGUUCAAGACCUACCCAACAGGUCUACGUGACCCCCUACAGCCUUAAAGUCGUCACGUACGUCGGUGACGUCAUGGCCUUACCAGCCGAUGCAGUUGUGACGAGUGAGAAACAGGACCUGGAUCGGGAGAGCCAGGUGACAACGACACUUAAAAAGAGUUCCAAGGAAUUUGCAGAGAAAAGGAAUGAAAAGAAGAGAACAACGAGACGGUUCAAGUCGUGGUCAGUUCACACCACCCACCUGUUGAAUCCAUCGCCGUUUACAUUUGUCUUCCACGCCAUCGUCAAACGUCCAGGCGAAACCAACAGGUGGGUGAUGAAAAUGAGGAGGUUAUACAAGACGAUCAUGAAGAAGGCCGAGAAGUAUGGCGUGCAAGUCCUGGCCGUUCCUCUUCUUGGUACAGGUCGUGGUGGUGCGAAGCCCCAGGAAGCUGCGCAGGCCGCCGUGGAAGCCAUUGCUCACUAUAAACCCAAGUGUCUGCAGAAGGUGUUUCUUGUAACUGUGGAAACAUCCAUCGCUGAAAUAACGGGAUCCCAGUGUGAAUUUGUAUUCAGUCCCUUCUUCACAAAUAAAUAAUAAUCAUCACAGUAAGGACCCUUAUGUCGUGCUAAACGACAUACCACUAAGGCAAGUUCAAAGUGCAAGCAAUGAUGACGAUGGCGACGAUGGCGACGACCACGAUGAUAAUGACGAUGACAAUGACGAGGAUAAUGGCGACGAUGAUUAAUGAAACUAAUGAACAAAACAGCAAUUACAUAUUGUUUUAAGACGAGCGUCCAGUGCCGGAUUGAGACAUGCGGGGACUUCAAGGAGGAUGCAGCGGGUUGUCUGAACGAUCGUGCAGAAUGAUGAGGUGUACGUUUGAUGUACACCCAUUCUUGUAAAAACUUUUGGCGAUGGGGAUUUAUUAUUUGAGGAAUCUCAUGUGAGAAAUGAAAUGUUUUGACUAGAUAUCAGAACUUCUAAUAUGCCGUACUUACAAUUUCCACGAAGGAAUUUCCUUUCAUUACGAACACCAUCUCUGACACUGGACGUUAUCGCGAUGCCAGUCUAUCUGCCUGGAACUAUGAUGUGAUGUGAAAAUAGGGUAUCGUCGAUAACAGGAUUAUAUCACAGUUUUGGUGGUCAGGGUGGCCAGGCUCGCUGA